UUAGAUUGAAUCAUUUCUCGUCAGUUUACUGAGGAGAAAGCAGCAGAAGAGUGUCGUUCCUUUCAGUGCAGUUUAACUGUGGACAACUGUAUCAUCAUACAGCAGAGGAUGAUGGAGGGUUCUACACCCAGACAAGGAAAGAGAAAGAGAGAAGAUGAGGAGGAGGAGGAUUUCCAAAGGAAAGAAUCCCAGGAAAGAAAGAGACAGAAGGGAGAAAUAAAACGGCGGCCCAGGAAACAGAGGAGGCCCAUGAAGAAAACAGUCAUCAAGCCUGAGACCUUUGAAUCGCUCUACACCGUUGGGGAAAAACUCGGUGAAGGAGGCUUUGGAACGGUCUUUGCCGGAACACGUGUUUCUGAUGGCCUACAGGUGGCCAUAAAGUUUGUUCGAAAACAGCAGAACGAUCGAUAUGUCCAAAGCUCUGUUAAUUCCAGGUCAAUUCCAAUAGAAGUGGCCCUGAUUGAAAAGAUGAGUGAACCACCAGUUAAAAGCAUCAUACAACUUAUCCAGUGGUUCGAUGAGCCAGAGCGCUAUAUUGUGGUCAUGGAGCUCUUUCGUCCUUGCAUGGACCUGCUUGACUUCAUGUGCAGCAAGCGAGGUUUCUUUACAGAAAAGAAGGCCAGACAUAUAAUGGUUCAGGCAAUAAAGGCAGUUACUGAGUGCCACAAGCGAGGUGUCCUCCACAGGGACAUAAAAUUGGAGAACUUCUUAAUCAAUACAAACACUUUUGAGGUCAAGUUGGUCGACUUCGGCUGUGGUGACUUCUUUACAGAACGUGAACUGAAUCAUUAUAUAGGCACUGAAGAAUUCUGCCCUCCAGAGUUCUUUCUGUCGAGGAGCUAUCACGCCGCUCCUUCAACGGUGUGGUCUUUAGGUGUGUUUUUGUACACUAUGGUCCAUGGAUACCACCCCUUCACAACCAGGCAUGAAAUCAUUGCUGGAGAUCUUCGCUUCGGAGACCACCUGUCCAAUGAGGUCUGCGAUCUGAUUAGGUGGUGUCUGCAGGAUGACCCGACUUGGAGGCCUAGUUUGCAGCAGAUCUUCGGGCACCCGUGGUUUUAGUGGAGAGUCCAAGCCUAGGAUUAGGUCAUGGAGAAGGCACAGGCUGUUAAAAAAAAAACGUCAAAUGCAAUCAGUAGAGAGGACAACAUGUGGAAUGCAAUGUAUACAUAACAUUUAUUUUCAAUAGGAACAUGCACAAAAUAUGUGUUUGCAGUAUAUUCAUUUGAGCACAUAUUGUGCAUGCUAGUUGAGGUAUCCGGUGUCGCCCAGAGGAGGAUGGGUUCUUCUUUUGAGUCCUGGUUCCUCCCAAGGUUUCUUCCUGUUGAUCUGAGGGAGUUUUUCCUUGCCGCUGUUGCCUUUUGCUUGCUCAAAGGAAGCUUGGACCCGGAUAUCUGUAAAGCUGCUUCAUGACAGCGUUUUUUUAAAGUUAAUCUGAAUGAUACUAUGGAAAAGAAAUGCUAUGUGUACAUUGCUGUGUUGAGAUAAAUAUGUGCUUGGGAUCUUAAGAGUACUGGGGUCCAUACUGAACUUGAGUGAUGUAGGUGUAUAGGAGUGUAGUGUAUAGGAGUGCGGUGUACAGCAGUGCACCUGAUGUUUCCAUAGAAGGCGUUUACUGUUUACUUACAAUACAAAAAAUAAACAGUGAAAAUGUU